ACUAAGUAAAUGAGAGUAUAGGAAACAUUUGUUAUCCUGAUUCAGUCUAUACUGUCAUUGAUACAGAAACUCCUUUUCAGAGAAUCUGGGAUUUGCCUAGGUGAGGACCCCAGGACCUAGUCUAGUAAUAGCCUAAUCCUUCUUGCUGUAUUGGAUGGAGGGUUACAAGUUCUGUAACCCAAAAGCUCAAACCUGUUUUAAUUCAAUAUAUUGCACUCUGGAUUUUGGAGAGGCUAAAGGAAAGUUCUUUUUGAUUUGUUUAUUGAACUUCUGGGUUUUUAAAUCUGUUUUAAACCUGUGACCUGUUAUUUAAACCUGUAGAUAGAAAUUCACGAAAAGCAUAGUUCAGCUGUGCUUAAGUGAAUUUUCCUGUGCAUGGAAACAUACCUAGCACUAAGAAAACCCUGUCUUUGAGAACUGUUUGAACUACAGUCAGCAGAGCUAAUGUUACUGUUUCUGCCAAUUUGACCAUUGGUGUCUCACUGUAGUUUGGACUCAGGAAAUAAGACAAAUUCAACUCUGAUAAAUAUAAGAUGUGCUUUUUUCUUUUGUCAUUACAUUACUCUUGAUAGCUUUUUUCAUUGCCCAGCAUGGCACAAGGUGACAGAGGUGAGAGAUGUUCUAAGUGUCACAGCACAGUGCUCUCUGUCACAGGAAUGACUAGUCAGAAAUGGGGUGUGAGACACUAGGAAAGGAGAGGUACCUCAAAGAUGGAAGAAGCCAAUUAUGACAGAUCCCUACUAUGCUGAAGCUAGGUAUUUCAAAGCCUUUCUCCUUCAGGAUUUCCAUACUAAAAGUCCUAAAUAUUUCCAUUUUCGGCUCUAGUCUGUGUUACAGUUCUGUAUUUCUGCAAGAGGACUGACUCAGAAGGAAGAUGCUGUUGACGAGCUCAACAGGAUUUAUGCUGUUCUUGCUCUCUCAAUGCACUGUGUCACUGAGCACCAAAGAGGCAGUGGUCCUGGCUAAUGCCCACCUUCUCCCCCAAAGAGACUAUGAGAGACUGGGUAACGCCAAUGAAAAAGACUAUCCAAGAGAUUGUUUUGAGAUUUUUCAGCGCUCCAAAGGAAAUUCCAGAGAUGGUCUUUACAUCAUUCAACCAAAAGAGGACCCUAUUGUUGUCUCUUGUAACAUGCAGGAUGGUGGCUGGACAAUAAUCCAGCACAUUACUGCCAACAGUACUGUCGACUUUGACAGGACCUGGCAGGACUACAAAUAUGGAUUUGGCUCUGUUCAUGAGAACCACUGGUUAGGAAAUGAAUAUAUGCAUCAAUUAACUAGCAGCUCUGUGCAAUAUAUACUUGGAGUUAAACUUGUAAACCUAAAUGCUGAAAUUAAAUGGGGACAGUAUGAACCAUUCCUUAUUGAAGGUGAGGAGUCUCAAUACCGCAUUAGGGUUGGUCUAUACAAAGGUAAUGCCACUGAUGCACUGACCCUGGACACAGAAGCUUAUCUCCAUGACAACCAGAAGUUCACCACCAAGGACAGAGACAAUGACAAUUACUUUCUGAAUUGCGCUAAACUGGAACUCAAUGACAUUCCUGGGGGAGGCUGGUGGUACGACGCAUGUGCUGGAGCAAAUCUAAACCGUAGGAACAUGAUAUACUGGCAAAAAGACUGCAACAAGCAACGCCUGUGCAAGUUUGCAUGGAUGAUGAUCAAACCCAUUGAGCACCACCUGUCAUAUCCAUCAAAGUCCUGCCCGUGUCAGAAAGUUGAACUGUAGAUAAGCUGUGUGUACUUCGGAAGGAACAUGGACUUUUUGUCCAGUGACUGAAGUGAAGUCACUGACUCAACAAUCACACUAAGUAAACAUGACUGAAAAUAAAUUGGGCCUCUGCAAGGGCUUUAUGAUAACAUAUCAUCCGGGACUGGACCAUGUCAUAGAAAUACGCCAACAACACAAGUGAGAAACUGUCAGAAACUGAGGCCUCUACCACAAGAUUUAAAGAACCCGAGGAUUUAAAAAAAUCAUUUUAUAGUAUUUUAGCCAUAAGACAAGGCAGGUAUGAAAUCCAGGAUACAAUGUCUUAUACAAUAUAUACGUGAAUAUAAAUGCAUUUCAGAAGGUUUUUUUCCAGUAUCAAUGUUCAUGAUUGAUCUCCUAUAAUUGCACAUCUUCAUAUAUCAUGCAUGAGAGAAAUUUCCAGUGAAGUGCCCACAUUUACAAAAUGCAUAUUGAAGAGUAUUGUGUACCAUAGGGCAGCAACAGGCCUUUUCUUUAUAACUUUAGUGAACUGUAUUUUAAUUUAUAAAAUUGGAAUUACCUUAUCUCCCAUGGCUUCUUUCCCCAUUCACUGACUCUUUUUUAUCUCUACUUUUUAAUGACCCCAUAUGCACUGAAAUACUCAGCAUAGGCAUUUCUUUUCUUCCUUCAGUUUAGAGCACCCAGCACUAAUGGGAUUGUCAGCUUUGCCAUUUAAAGUUGCUAAUCCAAAGCUUACAACCCAUCUGAAUUUUUCCCCAAGAAACUCAGAGAACACAUGUUUUAAAAGAUCAAAUGAUUUUGCAACUGUUUAUUUAUUGCUUAAUUUUUUAGCCAUCACUUCACUUUAUUUAUCAUGAUUUGACUGUUGCUUCUCCCUGUUCCAUGAUGUGCUUCAGCUUUCUCUUUUCUUAAUACCACCGUGAGAAAGAAGAGAACACAGGCUUUAUUUCACAUUUGCUUACCUUCAACUGUUUUGGUACUCAGACUUGACAUUAUUUAAACAAUGUCUUUUUUCUAAUUAUAAA